AUGCUCAACUGCUCCCGUUCGCUGCCGCCCGACGUCUCCGUCAACAGUUCCGUUCUUUCGAUCGUCCUCACCUACGUCGCGCUCUUCCUGUUCGCAUUCGUCGGAAACGUCACCAUGUUCCUCAUUCUGUGUCGGUGAGCCAUUUCACUCUUCGUAAUGAAAUUCCUUGCAAGAGCCCGACGAUAUAAUAUUCAAUUGGAAUGAAUUUGGUCUUAAUUUCUGAGUAACUCACCCGAAAAGUGGACGAUACUCUUUGUAUUCGCAUUAAUAUCCGCUUCCAAAUGAAUGGUCAAAGUUCAGGAACCAACUGGUGAAGGUGCGGCGGGUGCACUCCCUCCUGCUUCACAUGAACAUCGCCCAUCUGCUCGUCACGCUCGUCGUCAUGCCGAAAGAGAUUCUUCACAACUACAUGGUCGCCUGGUUCGCCGGAGACUUUGUGAGCAAUCCGAAGAAGAGUCCGAAAAGAAAGUGAUCCGAUUUGCAGAUGUGCCGAGUGUGCAAGUUCUUCGACGUUUUCGGAAUCAGUCUCUCGAUGAACGUGCUCAUUUGCAUCACGCUCGAUCGUUUCUACUCCAUCUUCUUCCCUCUUUACGCGAUGAGAGCCCGCAAAAGUGUGCAGAGAAUGGUAUCGUUCGCCUGGAUGGCCUCCCUUCUCACCUCAGCUCCGCAGCUUUACCUCUUCAAAACCGCCGCCCAUCCGUGCUACGCAUGGUACACUCAAUGUGUUUCCAAAAAUUUCAUUGGAGAACUGUCGAAUGAUGUAAAUAACUCUGUGAGCCUUUUUCUCUCUCAAAUGUCACAAGAUUUCAGGUUGUCUUUUACUUUUCCAUCAUCAACAUCAUCCAAGUUUACAUUGCUCCGUUGGUCGUCACUGUCGUCUGCUACUCUUUAAUUCUGUGGAAAAUAUCCAGAAAGAGUAAGACAGUGAGCGAGAAAGAAUGUAAGAAAGAGAGAGAGAGAGAGAGAGAGAGAGAGAGAGAGAGAGAGAUCCCUUGAGAACUGUUUCCGUUUCAGCUGAAAAGUCGUCCGAGCUAUUGUUGAGAAGGAACGGGCAGAACAAUCUGGAGAGGGCCAGAAGCCGGACUCUCCGCAUGACAUUCGUGAUCGUGCUCGCAUUCAUCUUCUGCUGGACACCCUACUCCAUCCUCAUGUUUCUCCAUUUCCUGCGUCACACCGAUUGGAUUCCGAAGGACAUUCGCAAGUUCAUCUACGCCUUCGCCGUCCUCAAUUCGGCCAUUUCGCCCUACCUCUACGGCUACUUCUCGUUCGACAUCCGAAAGGAACUCGAGCUGCUCUUCGCGUGCUCCCGCGCCACCGCCGCCGACCGUCACCUCUCCUGCUCGGCCAACAUCAGCAGGUAUCCGUUGUCCGUCCCUUUCCUAUCCAACCUGUCAUUUCCUAUUUCUUCAGAAAUGUGCAUUCUUCAGAAAUCAAGCAAGCGAGAGAAUGCGUAAACGGAGCGCCUCUGCCUGUAACUUUGACGGCAAGACCAACACUUUAUCGCCACGGCCGCCACGUGGACACAGCCUGAGACACAAGACGAACGGCGAUCACGUGCGCCGCGUUCCACUCGACAACCGGCUGAUGAUCUACCGAAACGGAUAA